UUCACCACUAUAUAUCAUAUAUCUAUCUUUUUCUCCUCUCUAUGUCGUUCUCAUUCCCUCUCCCACCGAUCCUCCCCUUGCUACUCCUUCUGUUUACUCCCCUUCUACUCGACGGGGUUAUCGCCUCUUCGAUACCCCAUCCCUCCGCCACCCCCCGAAUCUUCUCGUGCGAUUACCCCAAAGUAGUCCCGUCCGCAUCUCUAGUCCAUUCAACCCUUCAAAACAGACAAACCCUUAAUACUUGCCCCUCUGCAUUUCUUUUUCACGCAUUUUAUUUGCUAUCAGGUCCAACAUGCGUUUCGUGUACCGGUGGUGGCUCCUUCUUUUGGACUCAUGGGCCGUCUUCGCCCCCUGCCUCCAUCUGCCUGCCUAAGCCUCUAUAUCCGCACUGCAAACUUGUGCACACCCCUUAUAGCACCGUCUCUAGAUCGAUGCAUUCAGGAAUCUAUAAAUCGCUGUCUCACUCUUCCCCUUCCAUUCGUUCCAAUCUGUCAAAGCAAGAUGGCGAUACAUCGCUCUCCGAACCCUCAGAUUUCGGUCCGGUUACUCCAAAUAAUCACCAAGUUUUAUCGGACCAUCAAGAGAUGGUGGCUGAGCACACUUUCAACCGCCGCCUUUCCUAUGACUCUUGUCGCGUACUCGAUUGCUCAGAUCCGCAGCUACCGUCCCUUCAAUACCCCCAUUGCCCCGUAGAUACCUUUUGCAACGUAACCACAUCAUCCUGUCAGCGUACCUUUACCGCCGCACCCCCUUGUUCUCCUAUGCUCUAUUCGGUACAACUUCAAAAAUGCGUCGCAUGCCACACCUCCAACCUUAUGCCGUCUCCUCUUUUAGAGCCGAAGCGCUCGUUCACCUGCAGAGACCAAAACUAUCCACCACACUUCUGGAUUGCUUCCUACAGGUGCAAUGAACAAGGUGAAUUUGCCAUGCCACUAGAUAACGCCAACUGGGAAACCGUCAAAAAAGCUCCUAGAUGCGUUUUUCUGCUGUGUAUCCUUACCACUUCCUUACUUAUCAUUUCAUUGGCCUCCAGGCAGUACCUCCAGUGGCGCCCUCGUAUAAGAAAGGCGAAGGGCGAAUUUUUCUGACAUGAGGACCUCUCUCUUUUCUAGCCCCACCAGCCAGUUGCAUUUCCAAUGCUGGAAAGUGCUAUGACACGAGCCCCGGAAAUGAGACAGGACUUCCGGCCAAACAGACACGCAGCGAAGCUAAGGUGCCAUGCUUUUUUGUAUAUACUUGUGCACAUCGCCCACACAAAGUAUCAAUGUGUUUCUUGAUUUUUUUGUGUGUCACAUUACGAGCCUGCUUGUUGUUUGAUGUGUGGAUUGGUAAGUAGUUGGCAGCGUGAGUAUCAUCUGAAAAAUCCCUGGCGUCUGAACAUCUGGAUGUAUUGGUAGACUGUGAGCUUUUGUCGGUUCUGCGAGAGGUGGGUUCCGCUGAAAUGGGCGUGCGACUUGCUGAGGAGAUGAGGGGUGGGGGAGGAACGAGAUAUGGAGGUGGCGAAUUGAUGGUGGAGGUGGUGAAGGAGGGAAGUCGCUGGGGAAGGUUCGGGCGAGGUGGGGAAGAAAGAGAUGAAAUCUGCGCGAGUAAUAAGAGAGUCGUAGAAGGAGCUGAGCUUGGAUUCAGGGGGGGCAUUAGAGGACUGUGAAGGGUAGUGUUUUGGAACGGUAAAUAAAAGGCUUGAAUCCGGGUUGGGAGGAUUACCUUGA